AUGGGAGCAAUAUACGUUGUGUGUUUUGUGUUUUGUGAUGCAGAACACUUUUCUGCCUCGUGUGAGAAGAUUAAAGAUCCACAAGCUCGAAAGAAUAUUUUGAAGAGACAAGGACAUUGCUUUUUAUGUUUGAGAAAGGGUCAUCGAAUAAACCAAUGCACCUCCAAUAGACGAUGCCGCAAAUGCUCAGGAAAGCAUCAUCAGUCAAUCUGUGAAUUUAAUUCGAGUCAACCACCACAAGACCCAUCGAGUCUACCACCAGAGAACAAACCUGGGCAAGAUUCCACGACUGGAGCUGUUGUCAAUGAAUCGUCAAAUAGUUGGUACAACCACUACAUCUGUGACAAGAAGUCAAACGAGAGUAUUGUUACAGACAGCAAGGACAUAUGCAUAUUCCAAUGAAGGUUCAGAAGUCUUACCUGUCAGAGUGCUCAUUGAUAGUGGAAGUCAAAGAUCGUACGUCACAACUGGUCUACAACAAAAGCUUGGGUUGAAAUCCAUCAAGAAAUAAUCAUUAAACCUCAAUACCUUUUGUGAUGCCUGUUUCUCGAAGAACGACUGUGAUUUGGUCCAAUUAACGCUACAAGAAAGAAAUGGACAAGAUAUAAAUAUCGCAGCCCUGAGUUUUGGUAACAUAUGUUCGCCACUACCUGGAACAAUAAACCUAGAAAGCUAUCCUUCGUUUUUAGAGCUGGAUCAUGCCGACUAUUAAAUAGCUACAAAUAGUCAUGAUGACAUUGAUGUUUUAAUUGGAUCGGACUACUAUUGGGAUGUUAUAACCGGGCAUGUCAUUCGAGAGAGUAAUGGACUGGCAGCAGUUGGCAGCAAGUUUGGUUGGUUGGUUUCGGGCCCAGAACAAAAUACCAAGAAUGGGGAUAACCAUGUCAUAUCCAACCUGAUACUCCAACAAUGCAACCAAGCUAUUCCAUAUUAAAUGAUGAGUAACCAUCCAAUUAAACUGAUAGUUUGGCACGUUUUUUGGACAGUGAGUCCAUUGGCAUAGUUGAUUACACUGAAUCUGACCACCAAAGAAAAGAAUUCUUGAAGGACAUUGCAUUUGACAAGACCGAAGGAAAAUAUCAAGUUGAUCUUCCCUGGAAGAAGGAACAGUCUUUGCAAAAUUCUAAUUUUGGACUAUGUGUAUCUCGAUUGCAUCAUCUAAACUCCCGUUUAAGUAAGGAAGGUCUAUUAAACCAGUAUGACGAUAUUUUCAAGGAACAGGAGAGAACAGGUAUCAUUGAAAGAGUCCCAGUUGGGCUUCGGUGGCGAAGUGGUUAGCGCACUUGCCUUUCACCUCUAAGGCCGCAGGUUCGUAUCUCAAUGAGGACUUCUCAUUGUGACUGGAACCCAGUCCUAAUGUGAAAAGAGUAAGUCAACGAUCUGCCGAAAGUCGUGGGUUUUCUCCGGGCACUCCGUGUUUCCUCCCACAGGGAAAGUUGACAGGGUGGGUUAGGCACAUAACUAUGUAAAUGCACGACCACAUCAGCUAUGCUGCGAAUUUAAUCGUGUUGAAAUAAAUGCUACAAACAAACAAGAGAAUAGUAAAGAUGUUCACUUCUUGCCUCAUCACGGAGUUGUGAGAUCAGACAAAGCCACCACGAAGUUACGCAUCGUAUUUGAUGGAUCAGCGAAGGACACUGAUAGUAAACAUUCUAUCAACAACUGUCUCGAGACAGGUCCCAAUUUAACUCCGCAUCUUUUUGAUGUUCUGAUUAGAUUUCGAAGCCAUCCAAUAGCCCUCACUGCAGACGUGGAAAAGGCAUUCCAUCAAAUAUCCGUGAGUACGUCAGACCGAGAUAAGCUAAGAUUUCUUUGGUGGGAAAAUAUCGAAGAUGAGACCCCAAAUAUGGUUCAGUAUCGUUUCCGUCGAUUAGUUUUUGGCUUGACUUCUAGCCCUGCGAUCCUCAAUGGAACAAUUCAACAUCAUUUAUCCUUGUAUGCCUCCUCCGAGCCUGAGGUCUCGAAGCUCCUAACUAGUUCGUUGUAUGCGGAUGAUUUCCCAGGAGGAGCUACACCUGAAGAAGCAGCUUUUGGCGUUUACGAGAAAGCCAAACGUAUUAUGUUAAACCGGCAAUUCUAGACAUAAUCGAUGCUAGUCAAUAUGGAGCGAUUCCAAACUCGUCAACCACUAUGGCAUUAAUUAGUAUGCUGCAUCACUGGUUUAUAAACACUGACGGGAAUGGGGCAACAAUAAGGACAAUAUUGUUUGAUUAUCGCAAGGCAUUCGAUUUUAUCGACCAUACAAUUCUUGUAAAGAAACUGGGUAAUUUGAACAUACCUAGAAGUAUAAUUAACUGGAUAAUAGAUUUGCUUUCUCAUAGCACGCAGAGAGUCAAAUUGGCCAAUAGCUGUUUUUCUGAGUGGUGCCUUGUUCCGUCUGGUGUACCGCAAGGUACAAAGCCAGGUCCAUGGUUAUUUAUUUUAAUGAUCCAAGACCUGAAUAUUAAUUCCCCAUACCUGUGGAAGUUCGUGGAUUAUACCACAGCAUCGGAAAUUCUUCCCAAAGGCAAUGUUAGUACAGCCCAAAACAUAGCAGAUCAUAUUAAGCAAUGGUCAGAAGAAAAUAGAUUAAAGCUACAUCCAGACAAAUGUAAAGAAUUGAGAAUUUCCUUUAGUAAGGACCCAGUUGUCCUAGAUCAAGUCAUACUUAAUGGUAAAGAAGUCGAAAUAGUGGAAAGUGCUAAAUUAUUGGGAGUAAAAAUAAGUAACAAACUAACUUGGCAUGCCCAUAAUAAAAGAGGUCGUCAAAAAAGCCAGUAAGAGACUAUAUUAUCUGGUUCAAUUAAAAAGAGCUAGGUUACCAGUUAGAGAUCUUGUGUUAUUCUAUACGUCUUGCGUUAGAUCUGUAAUGGAUUACGCAGUACCAGCCUUUUAUCACUCCCUUCCACAAUACUUAAAGAACGAAUUGAUUCGACUGGAAAAAGGGCUAUUUCAAUAAUAAAUCCAGGAAUGGACUACUCUGCAACAGGAGAAAUUUUGAACAUCAAACCAAUAGAAGAACACCAUAAUUUCUUAUUCAAAAACUUGUUUGAUAAUGUUACAAAGGAUCCAAACCACAAACUUUAUGACCUCCUCCCACAGAAACAUAACUGGCACCACGAUCUCAGAAAUGGUCAUAAAUUUGACAUUCCUCAUUUUAAUACUAAUUGUACUAAAAACUCUUUUAUAUUUGCAGUGGCAUCGAAAAUGUCUUCGUAACGUUAGUGGUAUCUUUUUUAUUAUCAUCCUAGUAAAAUUUUAAAUAUUUGCAUAAUUUUAAAUUAAUAAUUAUAAUAGUAAUUAAAUAAUAAUUCGUAUUUUGUAAACUUGACGUAAUUCAGCCCUUGGCUGCAAUGUAAAUUUUUUAUUAAACUAUCUAUCUAUCUAUCUAUCUAUCUAUCUAUCUAUCUAUCUAUCUAUCUUAUGAGCGAAGGCGAAUUCAACCUGCGCAAAUGGCGCACCAAUUGGAAAGUUUUGAAGGAACGAAUUGAUAAGUUUGAGAAUACGGUUGCUACGAUCAACAGAAUGUUAAUCAAGAAACGUCAGAACACAAAUCAUCGGAAGGUGAACUGUCGAAGAUCAAUCUAUUAGGGGACACAUCACCUGAACUUAUAGCAGCUGAGAAAUUGCAAGAGAAAUCAUCAGAAGUGAAAAUUCUUGGUCUUAACUGGAAUAUCGAAAAGGUUUGUUUCAGUUUUGAUGUACAACUUAUAGAAUAUCUGAAGUCAUUGCCACCUACAAAAAAAUCAAUGUUGAAAGCGUCCGUGAAAAUAUUUGAUCCUAUCGGACAGAUCAGCCCAAUAACGGUGAAUCUAAAGAUGUGGUUCCAGGUGCUGUGUUCCAGCAAGAUUGAAUGGGACGAGGCCCUUGAGAAAAAAUGGUUGAAAAGGUGGACUUCCCUGGUGGGCGAAGUUAGUGCACUAUCUGAGAUAAAUGUUCCGCGAAGUUAUUUCCAAAACAAUUCAGAAGGUACAGGAGAACUUCUCAGUUAUGAUAUCCAUGGAUUCAGUGAUGCAUCAGAGAGAGAAGUAGCAGCUGUGGUGUACUUGAGUUGUUGUCCAAGUAUGCAAACGGAACAAUCGAUGUGCGUCUUAUCGCGUCUAAAACAAGAGUGGCACCACUGAAAAAAACAAUCUAUUCCUAGAUUGGAACUCUUGGGAGCUUACCUGUUGGCAAAGUUGGUUUUCUCUAUUCGUUCUGUUCUAGAGUCCCUUGCAUUCAAAUUCGAUGUGUAUUAUUGGGUGGAUUCAUUUAUUACUCUGUGCUGGAUUAAGAACAACAAACGGUUGCGUCAGUAUGUACAAAAUCGGGUCAACGAGAUCAGACGGUUAUCGGCGAAGGAGAAGUGGAGAUUUUGUUCAGGAGAGUUUAACCCGGCUGACAUUCCAUCGCGAGGGUGUGCCGUAAAGGAACUAUAA